UACAAGACUUCCAAUAGCAUUAUGGCAUAGCCACAUAGCCGCUUGCCCGUACUUUUUGCGCAUGACAGGAAGCGGUAACUCGUUUGAUUGACCGGAGGAUUUGAACGUUGGCGCGGAGCGAAAAAGGACGGACGGUAACAACACCGUACGGACAAUGAGUCAUUGCGAGCUAGAAGCCGUAACCCAGCAUAUAAACGACAGGAUUGUAGCCAUACGACGGGUCUUGGAACUGAGAAUAAUUGCGAAAGAUGUGGAGAAGGGUCCUAUUCUUAGGAAAAUUGGGCAAGGAAUCGUGGCAACAGAUGGCCUCCUUGAUCAGUUUGAGAAAUGUAUUGGUCGCCAAAGAGACCUCCUGACGCAUCUAAAGGAGCUUGAGGAGUUCUUCAAAGAGGACGUGAGGAAUGGGAAACAUCUGAAGGAUAACAUGCCCACACACAUGCCUAGGAAGGGACAGCCACUAGUCAUUGGAGAAGCGCCUGCCUUGUGUCAGACUGGACCCGUGGACACCCCCCCCUCUCAGCCGGAGAACCCCAGGAAGACCUCCAAAAACCACAUCAGAGAGAUGCCGUUCAUCACGAUAACAGAAUUUGAGAACAUCCCUCAGUACAUGAAAGGCCGCAUGUCGUUUGACCAGCUGAACGCCGCCGUGCAGAGCCUUAACUCAGCGGUGACAGGGAAAUACAAGAUCCUCCAGCAGAAGACUAUGAACAACGCCACACGCAAGCUCCACCAGCGCUUUAAGGAUGAGGAGACCAAGGACACUAAAGGUCAGCAUUUCGUGGUGGAGGCCGACAUUAAGGAAUUCACUCAGCUGAAGGUGGACAAGCGUUUCCAGGGCAUCCUCAACAUGCUUCGUCACUGCCAGCGGCUCCGCGAACUCAGGGGAGGAGGGAUCACACGCUAUGUCCUGCUCUAGGCCGCCAGACGAGGAGAGGGAGGAGGAGGAGAGAUUGGAUGGAUCACGAGGGAAGGAGAGAGAGAUGGAGAGAUGGAGAAGGAAAUGGGGAGAGAGAAGGAGAGAAGGAGAAAGAAACUGAGAGAGACUCAGGACUUUAAGGGCCUUGGUGGAAAUAUUUUUAAACAUUUGGUUUAGGUUGUGUGACAAGUAUUAUCUGUAAAUCAAAGAUGAUUGGAUCUACUAUAGUAUCCAUGUGAUGAUAAAAGUAACUGUAACUGCUCUAUGUAGAUGUCAGAAAUAAAUUAAUUUGUGAAAUAGUUU